UUGAUUGUGUCAUUUAAAACCUGUCAUAUUGGAUGUUGGUUAUUGUCGUUGUUCUUUAGUGAUUAGGAAAUAGGAAUUUUAUACUACGCCUACUCAUAUAGCUGCUUACGUAUACAGAUAUUUUAAUUACAGAUAUAUUAGAAGACGAAAUCGUUUUCGUAGGAGCGAAGCAAAAAGUUACAUCAGCGUUUAAUUGAAAUCAACAUAGUUUGCGUUUCCUUUAUUCAAGUUUGACCCUUAGCCAACACCAUUUCUACCAUGAAGAAAAAGGUCCUGUUAAUGGGGAAGAGUGGCUCUGGGAAAACAAGCAUGAGAUCCAUUAUUUUUGCCAACUAUAUAGCCAGGGAUACCAGAAGAUUGGGUGCCACAAUUGAUGUAGAACACUCACAUGUUAGAUUUCUUGGCAAUUUGGUGCUCAACUUGUGGGAUUGUGGAGGACAAGAGGCAUUUAUGGAAAACUAUUUUGCAUCUCAGAGGGACAACAUUUUCCGUAAUGUUGAAGUACUCAUUUAUGUAUUUGAUGUGGAGAGUAGAGAAAUGGAGAAGGACAUGCAUUAUUAUCAAUCAUGUUUGGAAGCUAUAUUACAGAACUCUCCAGAAGCAAGAAUAUUCUGUCUAGUGCACAAAAUGGAUCUCGUAGCAGAAGAAAGAAGAGAAGAAAUAUUUAAAGAAAGAGAAGAGGAUUUGAAAGGUCUUUCUAAACCACUUGAAUGCACAUGCUUCAGGACUAGUAUAUGGGACGAAACAUUAUACAAAGCAUGGUCCAGCAUAGUGUACAAAUUAAUACCCAAUGUGAAAGCUCUAGAGUCAUCAUUGAAGCAAUUCGCAGCAAUUGUUGAUGCAGAUGAAGUGCUGCUGUUCGAGCGCGCGACGUUCCUGGUGGUGUCCCACUGCCAGCGGCGGCAGCACCGCGACGCGCACCGCUUCGAGAAGGUCUCAAACAUCGUCAAGCAGUUCAAGCUCUCCUGCUCCAAGCUCGCCGCGCAGUUCCAGAGCAUGGAGGUACGGAACAGUGUAUUCGCAGCUUUCAUCGACGGCUUCACGAGCAACACUUACGUAAUGGUAGAGAUGUCGGACCCAAAGAUACCAUCAGAAGCGACGCUCAUCAACAUUCGUAACGCGAGGAAACAUUUUGAGAAAUUAGAAAAGGUGUCAUCAAGUGCUCCCAGCCAGUACCAAUGAGGCACGGAUAUUGAAUUGAGCACAUUUGCCAGUUCCCUAAUUCUGCCCGCAGAGUUCUUGCCAACGCAAGAUUCUCAUAUGAAACCUGUAUAAACUGUUUAUAACCUAUGGUUACAAUUCAAAACUAUUACAUAGUUCACACUUGGCCAGAGUCCAAAAAUUGAACUAGCAUUCAACUGGCAUAAUGUAAACACUGGAUGGUGGUAAUGAGUGCAUAUAAGCUAUGCCUUGCCUGCGCUACUGUCUUACUGUACUGGUCAAGUGUGAACCAGGCAUUAUACUUUUAAACAUGCAAAUGUCAACGUUAACAGAAUAUUACAAUAUUUUAUACUUUCAUUAGGAUUCUAACUCUGUCUAAAUUGAGAAGUAUUGUGAAAGAAAAUUGUAAUAAAAUGCGAGUUUAACUUUUGUUCAUAUAGUUUAGGAAUUUGGAACAUGUUUAGGGUUGCCUUCCAAAUAUUGAAAUAUCUAUAGAUUAUUUAUUAUUCUUGAAAUUCUAAAAAAAAAUAUUGUUGUCAAUAAAUGUAUUUAUUGUUUUUAAAAAAAAAUAGUAUAUAAAACUGGUUAUUAAAUAAAGUAUCUGUUCGUUCAUAAUUCCCGCGUUCGUUGUUUUUCUUGAUGUUUAUUUCUAUAGAUAUUUAUUAGUACAUAAUUUAAAAAAAACUUAUGUGGGUUUUUAAAGUAAAAGUGCUUAUAAAAAUA